AUGGACGAAGUCAAAGAUAGCCGCAAGCUCGAAGGCAAAACCAACUUCGUUAGUUGGAAACGUGAAUUUGAGCGCGCGGCCAGAACGAAUGAUAUCUUUGAAUAUCUCACUGGCGAAGAAAUGGUUCCUUCGAAGCCUAGGAAGGAAGACUAUUUUGAGAAACCCGUCGGAAUUGACACACGUCGUCUCACCCGAGCUAUGUCAGCUCAGGCCCAGACCACCACUCCUUCGACUGAAGGUGACGCAGAUAUAUAUGAUACCCAGGCCAUGGUGUCAACCAACGACAGCCUUCGAUGGCAGAUUGAACUCAAGGAAUAUGAAAAGGCCAAGGAAAAGAUGAAACUUGCGGGCAAAUUGCUUGAUUCCUGGGUCUGUGAAGGCAUCAAGAUUGAGAUCGAAGAAUUUGCAGACGCUAAAAAGGCCUAUGACUUCAUAAAAAGGCGCUAUGCGGUCACCCACGAGCGUGCCCGCGACGACUUACUAAAUGUGCUACACGAACUUGAGCAGUGCUAUUCGCACAGAUACAAAUCUCUAUUUGCACAGAUAUGUGUCUCACUUUUGACUCACCCACCCCGCGCUGGCCACCAUAGCCCAAUCCUGUGCGAUCAGCCUGCGACAGUCAAUUCCAAUGCAACCGAAUGA